AUGAGUUCUAAGACUAAGGGUACCCACACCACUUUACCAGAUACUGGUAGUGGUUAUGAGGACGACAUCGUUUCAUUAGUCUCUCGACAUGAAAUUGACGACACCCGUGCUCAUCGAGCAGCGUCGGUGGCGGCCGGUGUACCGGUGGCAGUCCACAAGAAAUUGGUUCUCGAAGUGAAGGGUCUUCAAGAGACCCUGGAGAAGACCCAAUGCAUGCUGGAUGCGAUGAAGAGCCGCCUUCAGGCGAUGGAGCAUGCUCAAACUCGGAGCGAGGCUCAGUUAAACUUGCUGAUUCGCUUGCAGCAAUCCGAGCCACCGCCCUCGUCUUCGGCGCCAGCGGCUUAA